AUGGCAACCCCGCUUGUGUGUUGACCGGUAGUAAGCGUAAGAAAUAAAGUUACCGGCAGUUUUUUAGUUAAAUAAAAUUUCAUUUAAAGCCAAAAUGUUUUUGAAUAUUGCAUAUUUUUGCUUAUUUUUCACUCUUUCAAAUGCCAAUUUAGUCCGAUCAAAAGCAUCAUCGGUGGAACCAUUAAAUGAAGAUAAUUGGGAUCGGAUGUUGACAGGCGAAUGGAUGGUGGAAUUUUAUGCACCUUGGUGUCCUGCGUGUCAGUCUCUUGAACCAGUUUGGGAAAUUUUGGCGUCACGAAAAAAGGAUCUUAACAUAAAUGUGGGUAAAGUUGAUGUUACUGAUGCUCCAGGACUCAGUGGACGAUUUAUGGUAACUGCUCUACCGACAAUUUAUCACGUUAAGGAUGGAGUAUUUCGUCAAUAUAAGAGUCCUAGAGAUAGGGAUUCGCUAAUAGAAUUUGUAGCUAAAAAAACUUGGAAGAAAAUAGAACCAAUUUCAAGUUGGAAGAGUCCAACUUCCAUUCAAAUGUCGAUUAUUAGUCAAUUUUUCCGAAUGUCUCAAGUUUUGAGAGGAAUUCACAAUAAAUUGAUGGAAGAUUUUGGAAUGCCAACAUGGGGAACUUAUUUAAUUUUCGCAAUCGCUACAAUUGUUUUGGGCGCUAUUAUUGGUCUCAUAAUUGUUUGUCUUAUUGACUUCUUUUAUCCACCGAAAGAUGUACAAACACAAUCUAAAAAGAAAACAAAGGAUGGUUCUGGUGACAGUACACAAGGAAAGACAACGGGCGAUGAAGAAUUGGUGGAAAAUGUUAAAGACGAUCUUGUUGAUGAAGAGGGCAGUGAAUCUGAAAAAUCCGAGGAAGACAAAGAAACAAAAACAAAUACAAGUAGUCCCAAUGUUCGCAAACGUAAACCAAGAAAGGCUGAUUAAGGUUUUGAUAUAGGCUAUAAAAUUUGAAUUGCUCUGAUAGAUUUUUUCUCUAUUCAAUUUCAUCUCUUUCUUUCUCACACACACACAUAAAUACACGGUGAUAAAUUCACGUUUGACAUUUUGAACAGAGGAAUUUUAAAGCACAAACAAAUUUUAAAGAUAUCAGAGCAUUUCUUCCGUUUAUUUUUUUAAUAACGUUCAACAAUUGUUGCUCGAAACUUCAUCUAUAUUCUUUGUCCAAUUGAAAAGACUGGAUAGCAUUAACCUUUUUUUUUUUAUAUUAGAUCAAUUUUUAAGAUUUCAGGUUUUUUAAUUGUUUCUUCCUUUUUUUUCUACAGUAUAAAAAAUUCAUUUUUUUUAAAUAUAUAAAUGUAGUGCCUUA